AUGAUGUCGUUAAAAAAGAUCUUUAUUGAUGAACAACCUCGUGAAGCUGGCACUCACUUUCCAUUUUUUGUUAUCGUUGUCACCAUUGUUCAAAUAGCAUUAUUUAUAUAUACUAUUGUUUACAAUAAAGGUUUAACUUCAAUGUAUGAAAAUCCAAUGGCUGGACCAUCGAGUCUGACAUUAACUCGUAAUGGUGCGAAGUUUGUUCCUUGCAUGAAACCAACACAAGAAAAUGAUCUGCGUACUACUACUGCAUGUCCUUCAGACAUAUCCUUUACGAAUAAAACGUGUACAUACGAAGAAUAUCUUUGGUAUUUAUGUAAUACCGACAACCUAAAAGGCUUUCCAUAUCAAAUUUAUCGAUUGUUUAUACCAAUAUUUUUGCAUGCUGGUAUCAUUCACUUAGUCUUAAAUUUAGUAAAUCAACUGGCAAUAGGAAUUAUAUUAGAACACAAAUUCAAUUCCAUUCGUAUUAGUAUUAUAUAUAUCUUGUCAGGUAUUGGUGGUACACUGCUAAGUGCAAUUGGACUUCCUCAAUAUUCUAGCGUGGGAGCGUCGGGAGCACUAUAUGGGCUUCUAGCUGUUUACUUCAUGGAUACGAUUCGCAACUGGAGAAAUUUGCAGAAGCCUUGGCUCAUUCUAACUUUUCAAGGAAUUUUUAUCAUUGCUUCGUUAAUCAUAGGCAUAUUAAUUCCAAUAGUCGAUUAUAUGGCGCAUAUUGGAGGAUUUCUAUUAGGAAUUCUUAGUGGCUUAGUUAUAUGUCCGAAUUUGUAUUGGAAUAUUUGUAAAUAUGACAGCCCAAUUCAACCGAAACUGAUUAUCAUGGCAGGUUCAUCGAUGUUUGUAAUAGCAUUUUUUCUCGGGGGAUUCAUCGGAUUUUUUCGAACAACUGCUCCUGUGUAUUGGUUGAAGUGA